CACUUCACCUCUCUCAUUCUUUUUUCUCUCUCUCUCUCUCUCUCUCUCUCUCUCUCUCACACACACACACACACACUCUCUGUCUCUCUUACACUUUUGCUGGUCCUUUUUCCUUACAAUGGAGUUGGGAAGCAUUAUCAAAUUCCUUGAGAACAAGACCAUUUUGGUCACUGGUGCCACUGGCUUUAUAGCAAAGAUUUUUGUGGAGAAGAUACUUAGGGUUCAGCCAAAUGUAAAGAGGCUCUAUCUUCUUCUCCGAGCUGAAGAUGCUAAGUCAGCCUCACAAAGGUUCCAUAAUGAGGUCAUAGCUAAGGACUUGUUUAGAGUCCUGAAAGAGAAACUGGGUGAGAAUUUGAAUCCCUUUAUUUCGGAAAAAGUCACUUUAGUCCCUGGUGACAUUACUUUUGAGAACUUGGGCGUGAAUGACCCUAAUUUGGCGGAAGAGAUGUGGAAGGAAGUUGACAUUGUAGUGAAUUUGGCUGCAACAACCAAUUUUGACGAAAGAUACGAUGUUGCGUUGUAUCUCAAUACAUUUGGAGCUAUGAAUGUUAUAAACUUUGCAAAAAAAUGUGCAAAUAUACAGCUGCUCCUCCAUGUAUCCACAGCUUAUGUAUCUGGGGAAAAGGCGGGGCUCAUACUUGAAAACCCCUACCGCAUGGGUGAGACGCUCGAUGGAGGUGGUGGAUUAGAUAUUGACGCGGAGAAGAAAGUCGUGGAGGAGAGAUUGAGCGAGCUUCACACUAAAGAGGCAACAGAUGCAGAGAUUACAAUGGAUAUGAAAGACUUUGGCAUCCAAAGAGCAAGGAAGCACGGAUGGCCAAACGCCUAUGUAUUCACAAAGGCAAUGGGAGAGAUGCUUUUGGGGCACUUGAAAGGAAAUCUGCCGCUUGUCAUCAUCCGUCCGACCAUUGUAACCAGUACUUUCAAAGAACCCUUCCCCGGCUGGGUUGAAGGUGUCAGGACGAUUGAUAGCUUAGCCGUUGGAUAUGCCAAAGGGAAAUUGAAAUGCUUCCUUGGCGAGCCUGAAUCCAUAAUUGAUGUGAUACCGGCAGAUAUGGUGGUAAACGCAAUGAUGGUCGCCAUGGCUGCAAAUGCAAAUCAACCUUGUUACCCAGAUGAUCAUGAUCAGAUAGCAAUUUACCAAGUGGGUUCUUCGGUGUCAAACCCGAUAAGAUUUACUUGUAUCCAAGAUUGUGGACUCCGUUACUUCACAAGUAAUCCUUGGAUUGGUAAAGAUGGGAAGCCUAUCAAAGUCGGUAAGGUCACAGUUUUGAGCUCCAUGGAUAGCUUCCACAGAUACAUGGCCAUUCACUAUUUGCUCCCACUAAAGGGAUUAGAAAUAAUUAAUAUUGCAUUCUGCCAAUAUUUCGGAGGAGUGUACCGUGAUCUUCAUCGAAAAAUCAACUUCGUGAUGCGGUUGAUAGAACUUUACCAGCCCUACUUAUUCUUCCAGGGAAUCUACGAUGAUAUUAACACGGAAAAGUUGCGUAUGGCAGCGAAAGACAGUGGCGUUGAGGUAGAUGUAUUUAAUUUCGACCCGAAGAGGGUUAACUGGGAAGAUUACUUCAUGAAUACUCACCUUCCAGGCAUAGUAAAAUACGUGUUUAAGUGAUGAACAAAAGCAUACAAAUUAUUGGUGUGAUUUUAGGGAAGUUUUUCUCAAUUGUAUACUUUCAUUUGUUUUAGAGGUGUUAUUCGAAUAUGUUGCUGCAAAAUGUAUUGUGUACUUUCAACAAAAGUGUUGAUUCAGUUGCCCUCAAUAAUGGCUGAAAUAGAUGCAUUUGAAUA